CCUUGCACUCCCGGUGCCGCGGGCAGCCGGGUGCCUGGGUGACCCUCACUCCAUCACGCUGCGGCCCCGCGAGGGCGCAUCUUGCGAAACCCGCGUUAAGGUCCGCCGUGGGUGCGGAAGGUCAGGAGAGCGCGGCGAGGGCUCCGUGGGCCUUUGCCCACGAAGGUAGUCUAGCAGCAUCCUGACGUUCCGGGGCACAGGAGCCCUCGAGGCAGCCAGGGCAGGCAUCGAGGCCACUUAAGUUUAGACGAAAUUGCGAGCUCGUUAAGCAGAGCUGUCUCUGGGUAAGGAGAGUUCCUUUACGAGAGUGUUGACGGUAGCAGAAGAAGAGAAACGGAAUGGCCCGGGAAGGACCUUGGACGAGUUUGUCACCCAGGCCGCUAGAUGCUGACGGUAGGAGAGGCCUGCAGAUUUCCAGGGUGUAUCUCCCUUACUUCAUCCCUGAAACUGCCUCUCUAAACUGUUUAAAUGAGAAUGUCCUUGGCUCAGAGAGUACUCCUUACCUGGCUUUUCACAUUACUCUUCCUGAUCAUGUUGGUGUUGAAACUGGAUGAGAAGGCCCCUUGGAACUGGUUCCUCAUAUUUAUUCCCGUCUGGAUAUUUGACACUAUCCUUCUCGUCAUGCUGAUUGUGAAAAUGGCUGGACGGUGUAAGUCUGGCUUUGACCCCCGGCAUGGAUCGCAUAAUAUUAAAAAGAAAGCCUGGUACCUCAUUGCAAUGUUACUCAAGUUAGCCUUCUGCCUCGCACUGUGUGCUAAACUGGAACAGUUUACUACCAUGAAUCUUUCCUACGUCUUCAUUCCUUUAUGGGCCUUAUUGGCUGGCGCUUUGACAGAACUUGGAUAUAAUGUCUUUUUUGUGAGAGACUGACUUCCGAGUACAUUGUCUCAUUUCUGUUGCUGUUCAACAAGCUAUUCAGCAUUCUGAUUCAUUGGAAGUUUCAAGAAUCACAGAGAACUGAGGGAAAAUACCAGUGUAGUCUCAAAAUACUAUAAAACAGGAUUGGUGAGGCAUGAACUUGUAGCCAACCCAAAGCUCAAUUAUUCAGUAUUUGAGUUAUUGGUGUCUUUAUUUUCCCUGUAUAAAUAAAGCUUGUUUCUGACCUUA